CAACAUAUACGCAUCUGUCCAUUUUUACAGGUACAGGUCGCCAUGUUGUCUAGAGGGGCAGAGAACUUCCGGAUUGUGUUUGAUGGCAAAGGCACUGACAGGCUUUCGUGGUUUUCCACCAAUCGGCGAUUAUCUUCACCCUGGCCCGAUCUGAAUGGACAUACAGGCGACCCUUACAGCAUAAAUUACAUGCCAGACAAAACUUUUGCUAUCAAGCAGUUCGCAAUAGGCUGUAUGAUGUCCGGGUGGAUGGUUGUGGUAGAGGAAGGUAACACGUGCACGUGGUCAACAGACCCGUUUUCCUACCCACAGUUCCUCUACAGUCCCUCAUCGUCACACGCAGCAUUUGAUGUGUCUGGUGAUCGGAUGCUUGCUGAUGACUUUGUGAUUUACCUUAACAUAAAAUUAGCUUGAACAACUGAAUGUCAUGCUUUAAUGGUAAUUACGUCUUGGAAAAGGCAGCGCAGUGAUACCAUUGUGUACCAAGGAUUCUUUCCAAGCCCGACGCCACGGUGUCCACAAAAGAUUAAAAGACUAUUUACAGUAUUAGUACAUGCUAGCUGUCACUGACAACUAGAACAGUUGUUUAUAAUACCAUUACCAACAUUGUCCAGUCUUUUCAUCGUCCAUAUCUUUUGAUUGCUUUGUUUUCAGCUGCUUUCAUCUUAAAGCAAUCCUGUCACACAUAGAUUAAACGUCUCCCAGGUAUCGCUUUCAUUUGAAAGACGUGUGCUUUCUCUGAGGUCAAAUUGUACACAGUCAAUGCCUUGAUCGUUCUGGAAAGAGAAAUUCCAUGAUUAAAAUGUGAGAUGCCUCUUUAAACAUUUGCGAAUAAAAUGAGAAGGAACAACGUCUUAAACUUAACUGUUGAAUGUGUCGAGUCAAAAUAUGUUUACUUCAUACAUGAAGAAAAGCCUUAAGACAAUAGAUUCGCAGAAGUUUGCUCACAUUUGUCCUGGAUUUACAGUAUAUAUUUUGUCUUAGGCCUACAGUACACAUUCUGUCCUAUGUCUAAACAGGUUACAAAUUUUGUCUUAGGUCCACAGUACACAUUUCUUCUUAGGCUACAGUACACAUUUUGUCUUAAGCCUACAUGCAGUACACAUUUUGUCUU